AUGUGGGAAGAGGACACGGAGCAGCUCGUGUACGUGGACGUCCACACCAGGAAUGAGGUGCCGCCGCUGCACCAGCUGUGGUGGGGCCAGCAGGUCGUCCUGUCCUACGAGGAUGAGGCGUCCGAGAGCCGGCACGCGCAGCUGUGGCCUGGGGUCCCCUACUGGUGGGGGAAGCAGGUGAAGCCCCAGGACCUCGUCCACCACCUGGAGCGCAUGAAGAGCUGCAGCUGCCCAGGCAGGCUGCCCGCGGCCGGAAGCAACCCGACGGAGAGCCUGGAGUAGGUCCCCGCGCACCCGUCCGCGCCCCUGGAGACGAUGAGGCUGCCCGGGCUGCCGAACCUGGGCACCUGGGUGCGGGCACAGCGCCCGCGGCCGGGCACGCCCUGCACCGACAUCACGGCGGGCGACUUCCUCGGGGCCGACGCCUUCGUCCGGACGGAACGCACAGCUGCUCGGGGCUGA